AUGGCCCUGCGGCGAACUGUCGAAGUUGAACUCGGGAACAGGCGUCCUUCAAUCUCACCGAAAGGAAAGCCCAAGUUACCAAUUUGUGUUCGACCCAGGAUACAUGGAAGCCAACCACCUCCAUUUGGUCAUACAGGACGAGGGGAUGCGCGUACAUGUGAUAGCGGUAUGAACCUCCCGCCACCAUCGCCGCCACCGCCCGUGUUCGGCUGCUCGUCACCGCCGCCACUGCCGGCAUCGUCGGCGUUGGGCGUGCGCCCACGAUCAGUCGAUGAGAGAGGCGCAGCGUCGGAGGCGCGUAGGGGUCAGCAUGGGCGCGACGGUGUGCGCGGCGUCCGCCCCCGCCUCCGUGUCGCCGCCGUGAGGGCCGAGAGGCACGAGGCGGCGGUCGAGGUUGAGGCUGAGGUCGAGCGCAAGCUCGCGCGAGGAGGAGUCGUGGUGGUCGAUGAGGCUGCCGCUGAGCGGCGCGUGUGGGAGGUGGAUGCUUGGCAUGCGGAGCGGGGGCAUCGGUACGCCGGGCACGCGCUGGCGCUUACGGUUCUGGUCCGUGGACUAGUGACGCGUGAGCAGCGGCGUGCUAGGGAGCGGCAGCGAGCCGUCAUCGUCGUCGUCGUCGUCAUCCAUGUUGAAGUACGACUCCUCCUCGGCCCCCUGGCGGCGGAGCUCGAGCGGCUGGCUGAGGCUGUGCACACGUCCGUGCGUCAGUACCGAGGAGAUGAAGUGGAUGAGUGGAUGGGCGUGUCGAGGAGACGAGUGUGGGUGGAUAUGAGUCGCAGGCAAAAGCGGGCAUGUGGACCUAAGGGGACGAGGGCGGAUGCGGGAUCGACAGUCGAGCGGGCCGAGCACUUGCGCUCGCGAGUGCCCAUGGCGUCGAGCAAGGGGUCCGGGCGUUUCAAUCGGGAGUCCGGGCAAUGCAGACAAUGUGCAGAGGAGGCAUGGACGAUGCGAGCAAGUGGGCGUGGUGUCGAGGCAGCGUGGGCGCGGGGUCGUUGUCGGAGCAGGGCGCCGCCGCCACAGAGACUGUGGAUGGCGCCGAGCAAAGAGAUGGCAGUGAGCGUGGGUGUGGGCAUGCCGUUUGCGCGGCAGCCCGCCACAUCACACUACAUCAUUCAGGCGACCCUCGCGUGCAGAGGGCGUGAAGGCGACCUCCUCAAGGCCUGCUUCCGGAACAGCGCACUGAUUAGAACUCCAACCCGUCGGCGACUGGCCGCGCGACGUGCAUGCUCUCCCCCCACAGAAGGCGCCGAGACCAAGGUGGCUAAGCUCCGGUCCUCUAACAUAUCCACCUCGACGCGUCGGACCCUCAACUUCAUCCGCGUCGUCAAUGACUCGGCCGUCGAGGUCCUCGCAAACGACGCCACCGCGCUCACGGCGCGUGCACUCAUGGCUCGCAUCUUCCAUCAGGGCAGGCUUCCUCAUACCGCGCUCCAGCGUCAAUGCGCUACGAGCGCAUCGAGGUAUAGGAGGGCCUGA